AUGAAAGCGAUGGGAUCACCCUGGUGUACUGUGAUGCAUGUGGCCGGGAGGGGAGGGCUGGAUGGCGUGAGAGUACGAAGAAAAGGCAGGGGACGGCCGGGAAUCGAACCCGGGCCUCCUGAUCGCCGGUCUGGUGUGCUACCGUUGGACCACCGAAUCGAGGUCUACCUUUCCCAUGCACCAUCAUCAAGUCGCGUCAUUAAGGCUGUGGUGAUGUCUGAUGUUCGUCGUCUAGCCCUUGCUUCUGAAAGUUCAUCCAGCAGUAUCGUGAAGAAGGCAACAGAAGACAUCUCCAUCAUCGCCACUCCUGCUCUCUCCUCCAAUGCUGCAUUGUCGCAGAUAGGGGGUAUUGACACAAGCAGUGUGAAAAAGCCUGUAGAUGGUGCAGGUGAUUCCAAGUUGGCAGAUGAUUCCAACAUAUGCCAAUGUAUCAAUGGAACCCUAGAGAUCCAUCAUGAAGAAUUUGGAGAAGUGCCCAGUCAGAUCUCGAUCAACUUAUGGCGAAAACGCAUUGCAUCCAAUUGGGAUGAAGAUGUUCGGCAAGGCUGA